CACAAGCAACAGUAGAAACAAGGGUCCAUUUUCCAUUUCCAUCAUAACCAAAACCAAAAAAGCAAAAGAAAAAACAGUGAAGAAAGAAGAAAGGUAAAGUGAAGAAUUUGUUGAAGAAGAAGAAGAAGGAGAAGGGUAUUUUUUUUUUGCUUUGAAGAAGAUCGAAGAAAUGCCGAAUCAAAAGCAAGGAAGUGAACAGCUACAAACACUGAUGCAAUCUGGGCAAAUUUCUGGGUCUUUUAGCUUUAAUGGAACCUUAUCUAAAGAAGAUGAAGAGAUGUCCAGGUCUGCUCUUUCUACUUUCAAAGCUAAGGAAGAAGAAAUUGAGAAAAGGAAAAUGGAAGUCAAGGAAAGAGUUCAAGCUCAACUGGGUCGGGUUGAAGAAGAAACCCGUCGUUUAGCCAUUAUUCGUGAGGAACUUGAAACAUUAGCUGAUCCAAUGAGGAAAGAUGUUCAAACGGUUCGUAAGAGGAUUGAUGUUGUCAACAAAGAGUUAAAACCCCUUGGACAGACCUGCCAGAAGAAGGAAAAAGAGUACAAAGAAGCUCUUGAGGCCUUCAAUGAAAAACACAAGGAAAAAGUCCAGCUAAUAUCAAGAUUGAUGGAGCUGGUGGGCGAAAGCGAGAAAAUGCGGUUGAAGAAGUUGGAGGAGCUGAGCAAGAGCAUUGAAACAAUACAGUGAAUAACCAGUAAAAUCUCCCCUGACUAAUUAGGCUUUGUGUGAUGUAUUUAAGAAAGUUCUUUUUCUCUAUUUAUAUAUGCGUGUGGCGUUUGAUUGUAUUUCCUUUUCUUUUACCGCGUUGUUGUCUGAUCAUUUUAGCUUUUGGAGGGAUGAUCAGUGUCUAAUUUUAGGUCUCGUAAGGGAAAGACAGACCCUCUAAUACAGGUUUGUAACUAAAACAAGUCUCAGAACAGUGGAUUCUUU